UAUACCGCUCAGUUAAAUACAGUCCGUUAGGGAUCAGAUUACAUAUAAACCAGGACCAUGGUGGAGUUUCGUGGAGGGGUGUGUGUGCUGUACUGACUUGCACACAGACAGGGCAGGGGUGAGGCAGUACUGUGCUCCAGUUACGUGGAAACGCACAUACAUAGCUUCAACUAGUGGGAAAUCUACUACAAUGCAACUCUUAUUCCAACUUUUUGCUCAUACAAUGUGAGGAAGAUGGCCGAGACAAGCUGUGACUGGGUGGAGAUCUUGGAGCCACGCUCGCACGAGCGCAUGUACGUGAACCUGGCCUCGGGGGAGUGUGGUUGGGAGCCCCCCCCAGGCGCCGCCGUGCGCCAGUCCGAUGGCAGCCAGUGGUGGGAGCUGUUUGACAGCCACAACAAACGCUUCUACUACUACAACAGUGCCAGUCAGCAGACGGUGUGGCACCGGCCCCAGGCCUGCGACAUCGUGCCCCUGGCCCAGCUACAGGCCAUGAAGAGGAGCUCUGAGACGGGUCUGAGGGGCCCCAUCAAGCCCCAGAGAGGGGGAGGAGGAGGGGAGGGCCGCCGCGCAGCCCUACCUAACCAGGCCUACCCUAUGCCCCCCGCCCAGGACCCUGACAGCAGCGGGAGGUCCACCCCCUCUAAGGGGCUCUGUGACAGCCUGGAGAACAGUAACGACACCCCCAGGGACCCAGGUCAAAGAUGGCAGCCAGCUCCGGGAUCGAAGGCAGCCAUGUUGGUGAAGGUGAACAGCAUUGGCAGGAACCAGUCCGUGGUGCCCACUAGCACCCAGCACCUCAACACUCUCAGCCCUGGGAGCCCUGCUGUGUACCAGGUCCACUCAGACAGACCCAGCCCCAGACCCAUAUCCAGCCCUGCAGGCAAGAUGGCUGCCCCUGUGGACCACAAGCAAGCCUUCCACCUGAAGAAGGGAGACAACGGUAACUUCGGCCUGGUGAUGCCCUGCACUGGCAGCCAGGUCUACCAGACUCCACAGAGGUGUCAGGCUGGCACCCCCCAGCCCUCCUCCCCCCAUUACGGUGCCACUCCGCCCAUCUAUGAUGAACCACCCAUGGAAACACCUAUCUAUGAUGAGCCCCCGAUGGAGGUGGAGGGGGCCGCCCUCCUGAAUAGGUCCUCCACCCCAACCACCAGCCUGCAGAGGGUUCGCCAACCCCAGACCCAGACCCACCACCAGACCCAGCAGCAACCCAAGCUGCUUCAAUACCCAGCCUCUCACCUGGCCUCCAAACACAAGAGGAAUCCCUCCGCCACAGAGUACAGCCCCGCUGGACGGGAGUGCAUCAAACACAUGGUCAACGUGGACCCUGCCACCUGCAAGCAGAGCCCCUUAUCCCAUCCUAUCCAGACAGAGCAGGCCCCUGCUCUAGACCCUGACCUGCCCCCCUCUCCAUCCCCAUGCCCAGUCGUGACCCAGCCCAGGCCCAAGGAGGUGAGCCUGGAGAAGAAGCAGUCGUGGCGUCUCCUGGAGACCAGCGUGAGGAAGAACAUGGACGUCCGGCACAGCCGGCAGAACAGUGUGGCGUCCCAGGAGUACCCAGCGCCGGCCGCCGUCACCCACCAGGACUCCGGCUACUCCACCGGGCCUUCGCCCAGCUUGAGGAGGAAGAACCGCCGGAGAGCCCUGGGAGGGGGGGCUGGGGGAACAGGGCAGGGCCGGCCAGGCUCAGUGGGCAGCAGUGGGGAGCUCAGUGCCCUGAAUGAGAAGCUGAUGGCAGAGAUGCGGGUGGUGGUGAGUCGCUCUAACACCCUGCGUGGCAGCAAGGCCAGCCUGGACACUGAGAUGUCUGACAGCUCUGUACCUCGGACCCGUUCCCCCCUGGGUUCCCCGAAGAAGUACAGGGGCCGCAGCGCCUCCCGAGAGGACAUCAGCGCCAGUAACCACUCUCUGUACCGGACCGGGAGCGGGAGUACCCAUGGCGACGUGCCCCUCUCGCCCCUGGCGUCGGAGGGCAUGGUGCGUCAGAAACGGACCUAUGAGAAGGUGGACACUCUGGAGAAGAGCAUCAUCAGCCAGAACAGCCUGUCCUCCUCGGAGCCCCACAUGUCCCUCUCACAGGCAGGAACACUGGACUCCAAGGCCCAGUCGGAGAUCUCGUCACAAGGCGGUGGUAAUGGACACAGGGGCACCCCUCAUGGAGUCAAAGUGACUGGAGACAGGAGGGGAGGUGGGGGAGGAGGAGGCGGCAGUGUGGGAUACCAGUACCCUUACACCACCCUCUGUAAACCUCCUCCAGACACCAACAUGGUGGACUGGGCCAGUAAGAACCUGAACCUGCACACGCAGGGCCUGUUCCGCCGCCGCGUCUCCAUCGCCAACAUGCUCUCCUGGAACAGAGGCUCCAUCAAGAAGCCCAUGCUGAUCACCAGCGACCGCACCGUCAAGAAGGAGGCCUGUGAGAUGUUCAAGCUGAUUCAGGGCUACAUGGGGGACCGUCCAGCCCGGCUGGAGCGCCGUCACACCGCCCUGCUGGUGAUCACUAAGUGCUGGGGAAUGCAGGCCCUGAGGGAUGAGCUGUACGUCCAGCUGGUCAGACAGACCACUGACAACCUGAGCCUGAGGAGCCUGGAGGCCGGCUGGGAAUUCAUGGCCAUCAGCCUGUCCUUCUUCUCCCCCUCGCCCAAGUUCAGAAGCUACCUUGAGGGGUACAUCCAGACACACCUGGAGCCCUCCAACGACAAGAAGAUCAUGCAGCACAUUAUGGAACAACACGACAUGAAGACCAAGAAGAAUUCAAAGUCCCGGAAGAAGAGGAAGCAGAACAACGAGGAAGAGGAAGAGGGCCUGCCAAUCAGCACUUAUGCCAAGUACUGCUACCGCAAGCUGCAGAAGGUCGCCGUCACUGGGGGCAAAAAGGGUCUAAGGAAGCCCACCCUGGAGGAGUUAGACCAGGGGAGGAAUGCCAUCGUGACCCCUUCCUUGUUCGGCAGUGCCCUGGAGGAGAUCAUGGAGCGCCAGAGCGAGCUGUUCCCGGAGCGCAGUCUCCCCUGGGUGCAGGUGCAGCUUUCUCAGUGCGUGCUAGCCCUGGGAGGGGCCCAGACAGAGGGAAUCUUCAGGGUGCCUGGGGAUAUUGACGAGGUGAAUGCGCUGAAGCUGCAGGUGGAUCAGUGGAAUAUUCCAGAAAACCUUGGGGACCCCAACGUCCCGGCGUCUCUGCUGAAGCUGUGGUACAGGGAGCUGGAGGAGCCAGUCAUCCCUCAGAGCUUCUAUCAGCAGUGCAUCAGUAACUAUGAGGAUCCUGAAGCGGCUAUCAGAGUGGUACAGUCUCUGCCUGAACUCAGCAGACUGGUGCUCUGCUACUUUAUACACUUCUUACAGGUGUUUGCUCAGCCCGUCAAUGUGAGUAAGACCAAGAUGGACGUGAAUAACCUGGCCAUGGUAAUGGCUCCCAACUGUCUCCGCUGCCAGUCAGAUGACCCACGCGUAAUCUUUGAGAACACGAGGAAGGAGAUGUCCUUCUUACGCAUGCUCAUUGUUCACCUGGACACCAGCUUCAUCAAGGGCCUCCUCUGAGGCAGCCAACUCUAUCCCUCUUCAUCAAGGGCCUCCUCUGAGGGAGCCAACUCUAUCCCUCUUCAUCAAGGGCCUCCUCUGAGGGAGCCAACUCUAUCCCUCUUCAUCAAGGGCCUCCUCUGAGGGAGCCAACUCUAUCCCUCUUUAUCAAGGGCAUCCUCUGAGGGAGCCAACUAUCCCUCUUUAUCAAGGGCCUCCUCUGAGGGAGCCAACUCUAUCCCUCUUUAUCAAGGGCCUCCUCUGAGGGAGCCAACUCUAUCCCUCUUCAUCAAGGGCCUCCUCUGAGGGAGCCAACUCUAUCCCUCUUUAUCAAAGGCCUCCUCUGAGGGAGCAAACUCUAUCCCUCUUUAUCAAGGGCCUCCUCUGAGGGAGCCAACUAUCCCUCUUUAUCAAAGGCCUCCUCUGAGGGAGCAAACUCUAUCCCUCUUUAUCAAGGGCCUCCUCUGAGGGAGCCAACUCUAUCCCUCUUUAUCAAAGGCCUCCUCUGAGGGAGCAAACUCUAUCCCUCUUUAUCAAGGGCCUCCUCUGAGGGAGCCAACUCUAUCCCUCUUUAUCAAGGGCCUCCUCUGAGGGAGCCAACUCUAUCCCUCUUUAUCAAGGGCCUCCUUUGAGGGAGCCAACUCUAUCCCUCUUUAUCAAGGGCCUCCUCUGAGGGAGCCAACGCUAUCCCUCUUUAUCAAGGGCCUCCUCUGAGGGGGUCAUCUCUAUCCCUCUUUAUCAAGGGCCUCCUCUUAGGGAGCCAACUCUAUCCCUCUUUAUCAAGGGCCUCCUCUGAGGGGGUCAUCUCUAUCCCUCUUUAUCAAGGGCCUCCUCUGAGGGGGUCAUCUCUUUAUCUGUCACCAUGCCCUGGAGAGCUGCACUUGUGCAUCAGCCCUCAACUAUAGCUGCUCUGUCUUUCUAUCAUACAACUCUACAACUGUCUACCACCUUAUUCACAACAAGCCCUCUGUUCCUUCACACUUCUCAUCAACCAUAUCACAUCUCAACCCUAGAUUCCCUCUGGUUCAUGAACACCACAGCCGGAGGAACACAGACAGUGGACUGCACAGACAGUGGACUGCACAGACAGUGGACUGCACAGACAGUGGACUGCACAGACAGGGGACUGCACAGACAGGGGACUGCACAGACAGUGGACUGCACAGACAGUGACCGGGUAUCUAGAUGGUUUUUCGUGCUCCGAAUCAUCUUCCCUUAUUGUUUGAGACUUUGGGACAAGCUCACAUGUGAUGGUAGUGGGAGACUGUUUAUCCGUUGGAAAGCAGGACAUACAGUACACGGUGUUCUUGGGCUCGUGUUAAUGUCUGGAGCAGAAUCAGUGGAAUGGUAUCCAACACACGGUUUCCAUGGUUUCCAGGUCUUUGAUGCCAUUCCAUUUGCUCCGUUCCAGCCAUUUAUUAUGAGCCGUCCUCCCCUCAACAGCCUCCUGUGCUACUGUUUCUGCUCCAAACACUGGACCGUGCUGGCGUGAGAUUCAGCAUGUGAAGAAGAGCAAUCGCAAUACGAGACAAUUAUGCACAAGAAGCAUGUGUGCAGGGAAAAGUCCAGAGACAAAUGUGUAAAUAUGAUGUUGUUUUUAUUGUGGGGGGGAAAUUGUUCCUGCUUUGAGUGCCACAUAUGUAUCUGACUGCCAUGGUAGUGAAUGAUGAUGAUGUCUCAUCACGUUUAGACAUGACGAAUUGAGGGGGAACCCACUACAGACAGAAUCUGUAUUAUUCCGUUCUCUUUUCCUUUAUCACAGUGUGUCUGCAAGCAACGAUUUCCUUCGCAUUUCAUUUGGAACGCUUUUUUGACUAAUUUUAAUAUGAAUUCUGUCUGUAUUGCCAGAGCUGCAGGAUGAGUUGAUAGUAAAGGUUUAGACUUCUCCACUGGCCGCGGAGACAGAUUCCCCCUCUGGGCAACAAAAAAUAUAUAUAUUUAUUUCUAAACAGUUUCUCUUAAAAUAAAAAUGGUUACCCAUCAGUUAGGCAGAGAUGUGUGUACAUGUGUGAGAGACAGAGUCUCGGAUUAAAAUGAGGAAAACACAUUUCUAUUCUCCUCAGUGGUGGAGGGGGGGGGGGGGGGGGCUAGGGAACAUUUGUGGAGCACUUUCUGCUGUUUUCCUCCAGACAAUUACAUUUGACUUAUUUUGGAGAGGGCCAAAAAUAUUUUUAUCCUCCCUUCAGUGGAACACAAUUAUACCUUUGAUGGAGCUUGCAAAAAUGCUAAAUUUAGCUAUUAGCAGGUCAGGGGAAAAGGAUGCAGGAGAAAAUGAGAGCGCUGCUGCUGCCUGGACCUAAAGCCUUAGCCACGCAGACAGUGGUGGAUUUACAGUGCAAGCCAAAGGGAGAGGCAAUCUGGCAGUGGUUUUAGGGUCUGGGGGUACAUUAGUUUAGUGCCAUAUACUGGGAGGACAAAAAACAAACCGAUUUAGUAUUUUUAGACAAUAUUGCCUAACAAGGACUUUCCUAUUCCUUAAAAUCAUAUGCCACAUAAGGAGAAGACUGUUUAAAAUCCAUAUUUCAGCUGUCUUAAGGGCCAUGCGGUUUCCAUUAUAUUUAGCAGUGUGGUCAGGGUUUAGGUUUUAAUGCCCCACAAGUUUUCUCUGUGUCUACCUCAUCUUAGUGAUGGGGUCUGUGCUGCGAGGCUUGUGUGUAUGUAUACGCACGUGUAUGUACGUACUUGCACAUCAGUGUGUGUGUGUUUGCCGACUACGCGUGUGUGUCAACUGUAAAUGUGUGUGUUUGUGUGGUAGGAGUCUGUUCAUAUAGCAUAUACUCCGUAGUUACUGGAAGCUGGAGCCCCUAAAUUAGAGGGUGUGUUUAGCCAGAAAAUUGCAUCUAGAGGUUAUAUGGUUGUUAACCCCUUUUCUGCACUCACAGCAUUUACAGCGGCCGCUCCUUCGUUUCCUUUAUUAAUGCUUUACUGUUCGUCUUACGAAAACCCAAGCCACCAGUUGGGUACUCCAUAGCCACAUCAGAGGACACUACCCAGCUUUCUCCUCACCUCUAGCCAGCAGCGGCAGCUCUGAGGUGGGGUGGAGGAUGGCUAUGCAGUGCCAGUAGUUCUGGGAGUGCAUGAGAGAUAUAUACUGAGCCUGCAGAACGAGGAGGGAGAAUUCAGGGGCCAGCAGUCACUGGUCUAUUGCUAAAGUUCUUGUAAUUGUAUCACAAUGUGAUAGUGUUCUUCUAGAAUCUAUACACAGACCUUUAAUAAAACAGCUGUGGACCUGUAACUCUUAAGACACUGAACUCCUGAAGCUCUGGUUUAACUCUUCUCCAUCCUGUGUUCUUCAGUGGCUGAUGAUUCAUAUAUAUAUAUAUAUAUAAAUAUAUAUACAGUAUUAUAUAUGAAUAGUAGCAUGGUCUUUGGUCACUGAAUGUUCAAAACAAUGAUGGUUAUAAUAACAUGAUUCCACAAUAUUGUGAAAAAGAGUUCCAUUCUUCAGUAAUGUCAUUAUUCUCUUAGUUUGACAUCAAUGCUUACGGUGUGAGUCAGCGGUGUAAUUUCUUGAUUUGAUCAAAUCAUUUUUGACUCUUAUUUUUUUUUCCUAACUGGAAUGAGUGUUGAUAAUGUUUGUUGAGAUGAUAAACUGAAGUGUGUCAUGUUUAGACUGUGUUUGACGACAGUUACAACAUGUGUGUGUCCAUUGUGCUUCCUCUUCCCUGGCCCUCACAUGAUGGGUGCUAUUGACUCGUUGUAAAUAUGCUUGCAGGUCUUUUGGGUAUGUUGGUGUGUGUGUGUGUGUGUGUGUGUGUGUGUUCGAAAACAAGAAAAACAGCAACGGUGAUUGUGUGGAUGGAUUUAUUUCAUAAAUAAUUGAAAAAAUAAAGUUUGUAAACAAAA